UACACAACUAAUUAAGUACUGGCAACUCUGUCGAAAAACCAAGUACUCCCAACUCUGAAUCAAUUUUGAUCAGUCAAUUCCUCCAGUAUUCUUCCACGUCAAGGGCUGGACCUUCGCGAGAUUCUAGCACCCUCCCUCCCCACACGGAGAUGAGCAUGUAACAUCUGCCAUACAACUAAAGUUGUGGAACCCUAGAAGCUGCAGAUUCUCUGUGUCCUCAAUCUUUCAACAGACAGGUCCCACAAUAUCUAUAUUCUCCACCAAAGCCCUCUUUAUAAACACCUCACCAUACUAUUCAAUAGAACCAACACUCCAACAGGCUUAACAGUAAGUAACAAUACUUUCUUCCUUGAUCUUUCAAUAUUUUACGAAAUGUCAGGGGUUUGGGUAUUCAAGAAUGGGGUCAUUCGCCUCAACGACGGAUCCAAUGGGGAUCAGCAGUCGUCGAGGAAGAAGGUGCUGGUGCACCUGCCUACAGGGCAGGUGGUCUCAUCAUACAACUCCCUGGAGCAAAUGCUGAGGGAGUUGGGAUGGGAGAGGUACCAUGGCGAUAUCGAGCUUCUGCAGUUCCACAAGAGGAAUUCGAUUGAUCUGAUAUCACUCCCUAAGGACUUCUCCAGGUUCAACUCAGUCUACAUGUACGAUAUUGUCAUCAAGAAUCCUAAUGUCUUCCACGUCCGAGAUUACUGAGAAACGAGUACUGCUGUGCCAUGAUUCAGGGUUGUCUCGGCGAAAGUUGAGGCAUUAUGUGUAAUAAAAAUGCUUGAAUAAAUUACAGUAUAUAUUCUGGAAUUUAAAGGGUCUUUGCGUUAGCAACAGCUCAUAUUUACAAGAUAUUAUCACAGUUUGUAGCCGUGGGCAAAUGCAUCCAUAAAGAUAUAAGUUGGCGCAAUAAUAUUCAUUGCCGGAAAAGAAUGUCAGAAAAGAACCUCGAUAUCUAAAUAGGGUACUGGUCCCAGUUCUGUGCCGGGGACCUUUUAAAUGACAUUAUUUUCCGGCCAUUGGAUCGAAUAUCCAGCGACCAGGAUUAUAACAAA